AUGGAGGACAAAUGCGAGCACUGUGAUGUGGAGUCAGAGACAACACUUCAUGCUAUUUGGGAAUGUGCUAUGCUUGAUGAAAUUUGGGAGGCCAUUCCAGGUUUUGAAAACCGGCGACAACAUGCAAUCUCAAGCACCAAAGACCUGAUGAGCGUGCUUCAUGAGAAAAAGAAAAACCUGGAAUUAAUGACCAUGGUGAUGUGGACGAUUUGGCACCGACGUAACCAGCUACGUGUUAGCUCUAAUGAUUUUCCACGUUCACAGGUCAUCCAACAAGCUACUCAGGCGCUGUCUACCUUCCAACAAAGCCAGCAGUCCCUCAGUCAACAUUCAGCAACGCAGCGAACCCAGCCUCGCACACAGUGGUGCCCGCCUUCACCGAAUUGCUUUAAACUGAACUUUGAUGGAGCCUUUUUCCCGGAGAUGGGUAAGGCUGGACUGGGUGUGGUCGUGCAUGAUAGUCAAGGAAGUAUGAUUGCCUCACUGUCUGAACAAGCUCCUCUGCCAUUCUCAUCGGAUAUCGUGGAAGCCAUGGCAGCGGCAAGGGCAUUAAUCUUUGCACAAGAACUGGGGAUAACUGAAUUUGUUCUGGAAGGAGAUUCAGAGGUAGUGGUUAACUCUCUUCGUAGCAAAGAAACCUCCUUUUCUUCAUUUGGCCACCUGUUGGAGUCAGCAAAAUCUUUACUCAGUCCAAUGACUAGUAUCAGCUUCUCCCAUGUACGUAGAUGUGGUAAUAGAAUAGCCCAUAACCUAGCUAGACAUGCAAGAAAUGUCAGAGGUUUGUCGGUGUGGGUGGAGGAUGUCCCACCACACUUAGUUGAUGUAUUUUUUGCCGAACCUGGCUGA